UCUUAAAUCAGCCGCUGUCAUCAGAGCGACGAAAACCUGCUGGAACCGGAGAACUACAUCGGUUUAUCAUGUUUACACUGAUGUUAAGACAGCUCGUUACGCCGCUGUGUCAGCGCAGUCCGGCGGCCGCUCUCGCAGCCAUGCGGUUCCAGCAUUCUGCAGCGGCGCGGUAUACAGACGACGAGCGUCCGUGGACGGGUCAGGAUGUCCUGGCGCAGGACGACCCGGAGAUGUGGGACCUUCUGCAGAAAGAGAAAGACAGACAGUGUCGAGGACUGGAGCUCAUCGCUUCAGAGAAUUUCUGCAGUCGAGCUGCUCUUGAGGCUCAAGGCUCUUGUCUCAAUAACAAGUAUUCAGAAGGCUACCCUGGGAAAAGGUAUUACGGAGGCGCUGAGGUGGUAGAUCAGAUUGAGCUGUUGUGUCAGAAGAGAGCGCUGGAGGCUUUUGAUUUGGACCCGGAGCUGUGGGGUGUUAACGUCCAGCCGUACUCCGGAUCUCCUGCUAACUUUGCUGCUUACACGGCCGUUCUCAGUCCUCACGAGCGCAUCAUGGGUCUGGAUCUGCCUGAUGGAGGACAUCUCACUCAUGGCUACAUGUCCGAUGUCAAGCGGAUCUCAGCCACUUCCAUCUACUUUGAAUCAAUGCCUUACAAAUUGAGCCCUAAAACAGGUCUGAUAGACUACGAUCAAAUGGAAUUAACUGCCAGGCUGUUCCGACCCAAACUCAUCAUCGCCGGCACCAGCGCGUACGCCCGCCUCAUCGACUACGCCCGCGUCAAAAAGUUGUGUGGCGAGCUGGGUGCAUAUAUGUUGGCCGAUAUGGCUCACAUCAGCGGGCUGGUGGCCGGUAAAGCCAUUCCUUCUCCGUUUGAACACGCUGACCUCGUCACGACCACCACCCACAAAUCGCUGCGAGGAUCCAGGGCGGGGCUUAUAUUCUACCGUAAAGGCGUGCGCUUGGUGAAUAAGAAAGGCAAGGAAGUCUUGUACGACCUGGAGGACAAGGUGAACUUCGCCGUGUUUCCUUCGCUUCAGGGCGGACCGCACAAUCACGCCAUCGCUGGGGUCGCUGUGGCUCUCAAACAGGCCAUGACACCCAUGUUUCGGGAGUACAUCGCUCAGGUUCUGAAGAACUCCAAGGCCAUGGCAGACGCUCUGCUGAAGAAAGGUUACACGCUCGUGUCAGGUGGAACCGAUAAUCAUUUGGUGCUGGUGGACCUGAGACCUCAGGGGAUGGACGGGGCGCGUGCAGAACGGGUUCUAGAAUUGGUUUCCAUCACGGCCAACAAGAACACUUGCCCCGGAGACAAAAGUGCGCUUGCACCCGGAGGACUAAGACUGGGAACUCCUGCCCUUACAUCUCGCCAGUUUAAGGAAGCGGAUUUCGAAAAGGUGGUGGAUUUCAUCGACGAAGGCAUCAAGAUCGCGCUGGAUGUCAAGACAAAAACCAAAAAACUGGCAGACUUUAAGAGUUUCCUGCUUGAAGAUGCAGAGACGGCGAAACGAAUCUCUGAUCUGCGUGCCCGCGUGGAGGCUUUCGCCCGUCCGUUCCCCAUGCCAGGAUUCUCGGACCAUUAACCCGGGACUGCUGGGUAACCAGGGAUAGAUCGAUGAUUAUGCCUGCAUACACAUCUGUCAGAUUUUCCCAUGACCACGUUGACGUACGAGGGUGUUUUCUUUAUUAAAUUCUGUUGAUGGCUUCGUAAUCCAACACUACAUUAUUAAUUAUUUUCAUAAAAUGAACCGUCUUAAAAUAACAGGUAGUGAAUGCACCUGUUAGUGAGCGCUGCUCUGCAAUACAACCGCAGGUUUGAACGAAAUCUACAUCGAUUCACUUAAGGAGAGAAGUAGGUUGGACGGAUAGAUUCGUAACAUCGGUUUGGCCUCUGGGUUUAUGAGGAUGUUAAGCACACGAUCAACAUCUUUGUCAUGGGAACAAAGUCGACUAAUGAUGCAAGCGUAUGUUUAGAGAACGUCUUCCUCAAUUUCUACUACAAACUAGAGGACAAUUUUUUUUACUCAACACUUAACACAGCAUGUUCUUUGUUAAUUAAAGAUCAUUUUAUUUUUAAAGCUAUAGUACUAUAUGUAAAGAGAAGUCUAACGCAUCUUUCUAACAGUAUUUGUAGUGUGGAGAAGUAAAGUCUUUUUGUGA